GACCUUCGUGUUGGUGCCAGCAAGAAUCAUAUUUAUUAAGCAAUGUGAGUCUAACAUUCUAUAUAGUCUGUAUAUGGGGCGGUGACUCUUCCUAUUACGUACUAAACCUCAUCGAAAUCAAGUAUAUUAGUGAUUUCUGGUUCGUAAUAAGCAGAUCUAUAACAGAGAUGGGUUCUCAGCCUAACCCUGAUGAUCACUACAUCGUCAUGUUUCCCUUCAUGGCUCAUGGCCAUCUCAUACCUUUCUUAACCUUAGCCAACCGAAUUCACCAAAGAACAGGCUUCACACUCAUUAUCGCCACCACCAAGCUCAACCUCCAUUACCUCCGGCGAUCCUCCUCCAACAGAUAUGACGACUUAAACUCCGGCAUCCAUUUCGCCGAGCUACCAUUCUCCAGUUCCGACCAUGGCUUACCCCCCAACACUGAAACCACUGAGAAUUUGUCUCGUGCCAAAAUAAUCGACUUCUUGCACGCUUCCAGAUCUCUGGAAACUCCAUGCCGGAACUUCAUCCACGAAUGUAUCGGCCAAUAUGGACGGCAGCCACUUUGUAUUAUCUCCGACAUGUUUUACGGGUGGGCAGUCGACCUGGCCAAUAGCUUCGACACCGUCAAUAUCGCUUUCGUUACUUGUGGUGCAUACGGCUUUGCAGCACUCAUUUCUAUCUGGAACGAACUCCCUCACCGGAAAACAGAGUCCGAAGAAUUCGAGGUCACAGGGUUCCCGAAACGGUGUCGGUUCCACCGCUCUCAGUUACAUCAGUUCUUGAGAGUAGCCGACGGUUCAGAUACAUGGUCGAGAUUCUUUCAACCCCAGCUGAGGCUUUGUCUGAAGUCUCACGCUUUGUUGUGUAACACCGUCGAAGAACUCGAACCCCUCGGACUCCAAAUCCUCCGGGAUUACGUUAAACGCCCCGUUUGGUGUGUCGGUCUGCUUCUUCCUCAAGCUGCGUUAAAUGACAUGUCGUGUUCACCUUCUUCUUCUUUGAGUAUUUCCAAACCGAGAGUCAGUAAAGAAGUUGGUAUAUCAGCUGAGAAGUUGUUCAAGUGGCUCGCUUCACAAGAACCCAAGUCCGUUCUGUAUAUCUCGUUCGGUUCUCAGAACACAAUCGGAGCAACCCAGAUGAUGGAAUUGGCUAUCGGACUGGAGAAGAGUGAGAAGCCUUUUGUUUGGGUGAUAAGGCCUCCAGAGGGGUUCGAUUUGAAAGGAGAGUUUAGACAAGAGUGGUUGCCAGAAGGGUUCGAAGAGCGAGCCAAGGAGAAUAAUCGGGGCUUGUUGGUGCGGAACUGGGCGCCCCAGUUGGACAUUAUGGCGCAUAAAUCUAUAGGUGCGUUUCUCAGCCAUUGUGGGUGGAAUUCGGUGCUGGAGAGCUUGAGCCAGGGGGUUCCGAUCAUUGGGUGGCCAUUGGCGGGGGAACAAAACUACAAUUCGAAGAUGUUGGUGGAGGAGAUGGGUGUGAGUGUUGAGCUGAGUAGAGGACCUCUUGGGACCAUUGCUGGGGAUGAAGUGAAGAAGGUGAUUGAUUUGGUGAUGGAGAGAGAUGGAAAAGGAGAAGAGAUGAAGAAAAGGGCUAAUGAGCUUAAGUUGCAGAUAAGAGCAGCCGUAAAAGAAGAGGGAGAACAUAAAGGGUCUGCUCUCAAAGCCAUAGAUGAUUGUGUUGCUUCAAUUCUAGCAUAGAGAUCGAGAAGAAAAUGUCAACAUCAAGGAGAUUAUAACUUGAUUAAAUAAAGUGUUAUUAGUUGUGUCCUUUUCCGUUUUUUUUCCCCGACCAUAAAACUAUGUAUGAAAACCAUACGGUUGUUUUCAGUUAGUACUUCGUGUAGACCUUUUACUUGCUAGAAAACUCUUCGUAUAACAUGAUCCGUCAUGUUUUGGGUUUUCAUCAAUAAUGAAACUUGAUUUGUGAUAAAGUAAAAA